UUUUAUUUUUUACAGCAGAAUUAUGAAUUACCAUCAAGAAGUAUUAAAAUAUGGAUUUAGUAAUUAGAAAUAUCGAUUGAUGAGAACUCAACUCCCAUUCGAUUGAAAUGGACAGGCAGAAAUAAGGCUUGUUGUGGUGAUACAAUAUUUUAUACCAACCAAAGUGCUAAAUUUCUCAUAGUUCUUAUGCUGUUGUUUCUUGAAGCCAUUCUAUAUUAGAUGAUUUACGUAAAAUCAAUCCUAGUCCUUAGAUGAAGAUAUAAUACUACGAAUUAGGUCUAUCACUCCUAUCCAUCUAUUUGUUGAUCGCUACUUAUUGUACAGAUCCUGGAAUUAUGCCUAAAAUUGUAACAUAUCAGCAUAUAUGUAGAUAGUUUUAUAAACAUGAAGAUGACGUAGAAAAACUCUAGAUACCCUAAUCCACCAAGAAGAAAGAGACACAACACAUUAUCGUCAGAUUGGAGACUCACACGAUCAGAUUAAAAUUUUGUCCCACUUGCAAAAUUUACAGACCCUCUAGACUAUCCCAUUGUGGAUUUUGCAAUAAUUGCGUCUUGAGAUUUGAUCAUCAUUGCAAUUGGAUUGGUACAUGUAUAGGAAAGAGAAAUGUAAGAUCUUUUUAUUUUUUCUUGCUCGUCCUAAACACACAGCUCAUUUUCGAAAUAGUCAAGCUCUCUAUCUAAUAAUCGGCUAUUUGUAUAUAUUGCAUAGUUCUGAUCGUGGUCUUAGCGUUGGUCACAGUCCUAACAUUUGCUUUGUUCUGUUAUCAUACAUUUCUGAUUUGCAAGAACUAAACUACAAAUGAACAUUUAAAACACACUUGGACUUUGGAUAGCGGAAAUCCAUAUUACAAGUAAGCACAUUUGAUAAUUAACCUAGGGGUUCACUCUCAAAAAAUAUCUAUAAUGUAUUAUUUAGUCAUAUACCCAAUCGAUUGGUUUAUUUAAACAAAAGAUUAUUUUCUUAGCACACCCUCAAGCCAAAAGAAGAUAAAGAAUAAUAAUAAGUUGAGUUGACGAAGGUCAAUUCAUCGACUGAUUGAUAUCAUUGUUU